AUGGCCCACGUGCCACAAGAGCACAACAGCAUGGCCGACACGAUGGAGAUGGUCAGAAAGCUUGCCACACUUGAGGUAGAGCUGAGGAUCGAAAGAGAACAGCAUGCCUUGGCACAACAGUGCAUCGCCUACAUGGCACGACAACUCGGCAGUCAACGCCAGACGUACGCUGCAACCAGACAGACAGAACGAAGACAGCCUCGUGGCAGAAGACUCGAGCGACCCGAGCGUGAAGACGAAUCCGAAUGCAGGGAAGAGGAUGAGCUGGGAGCACGACCAAGAAUUGUCGAGGAGGAAAAGCGAAAACCGGAGCCAGAAGAUGUCCUCACUUGCGAUGAUGAGCAGAGCUCAUCUUUACAGUCUCCGAUUCUACCUGGCCCAGUCACUCCUGCUCCUGAGCAGACGUUCCGAUCAAGGUGCCUUACUUUUCUCGGGCGUGAGGGAGGAAGCAACGAAACAGUCGACACGAGCAAUGGCACGGAAGGCACACUCCUCACGUUCAAAAACAGUGGAGAAGUCUGCAGCGAGGCUCAACUUCCAAGCACUGACGAAGAGGUACACCAUGUUACAGUGGCUGGAAUGCGGCCGGCAGGGGUGAGACAGCAACCGCUAUCUCUCGACAGUCUAUCACAGCGCUACAAGGACCGCAAGCCUAUGAUCGACGGCCUCUACUCAUCCCAAUGGGCUGGAAGAAAGGACAGAACUGAGAAGCCAGAUGUACCACAACUCCUGGUGCAGUUUUCCGAAACUUAUGACGUGGAUGAAGAGCCAAUUGCCAACAAAGCCGAAGAAGCCAAAACACCAAUGACUGAGAAGGAGAAGCGUGAGCAUGCAGCAAAGCUCCGCAAGAACCAAGCCUUGGUGGCCUUCGACCCGUCCCCUAGCGAAGACGUCCUCCGAACCAUAGUCGUCACCAACAUCCCCAAGAACAUGUCAGGAGGAGAGGUAAUGGGCAUGGUGUCUGGUGGCAUCAUCAUCAAGAUUCACAUGAUGAAUACAACCCCCAUCACAGGCAGCAGAGCGAUGAUGAUUACAUUCUUGCUCGCCGAGGACGCCCGCAGAUUCUUGAAGUCGGUGAGGGACGUCAAAGAGCCCAAGUUCAGCAUCCUUCAGACUCCAACCUACCCCAUGCAUACACAUCUCUACGACGACGUCAUGUACAAUGGCAUCACACGUUGCUUGGACAUCUACGGGCUUCACAGAUACAUCACCAAGGAAGAUCUCUGUAAUGCCAUCUGUCCAGAAGAACACAAGCAUGAUGGUAUCAUCAGCGCCAGCAGAGAUGAACAAGGAGUCUGCCACCUCGAAUUUACAUCGGUGGAGGCAGCAUUUGCAGGUAGGUACAAGCUCAAGGAGGAACUCUUCGGCCUCUUCAGCAGAAUUGAGUGUGGAAGAGAUCCAUGUGAUCGCGGAGUUCCCGGCAUCGAAGACGCAGAGAAAGACACAGAGGACGCACAUGGCGAUGAAUUGUCUGGAGACAGUGAGAAGAUCGACUCGGAGAUGAAGACUGAAGUUGAAAGCGAGACCAAGGCUGGUGCCGAACCUGAGAGCGAGUGUGAAGCAGAAAGGGACGCGGACGGAUGGCCGGUCGGAGGCUUGAAUUACGAUUGA